AUGUCUGCAUUAAGGCGUUUCAUUAUUCCUAAAAACAUCCAAGCUUGUAGAUCACUUUUUGGAAGAGCAAUAUCUCGAAAUUUGGGCUCAGUUUCUUACUUGUCUGGGUUUAUAAACAAAAGCGCACCGUCCAAUAUUCCCUGCGUUUCCACGGAGUUUUCGUCAUUUAAAAGAGCUUUUUGUACAGAGAAUAAAGAGCUCCCAUGGACAGACCUGGACUAUGAGGCCCUGUGUGUGUUACUAGAGAGUGGUAAUAUACAGCUGUUUGAUGUCCGGAAUACUUGGGAGGUGGAAGCCACUGGAAUGAUUCCCCAGGCCAUAAACUUGCCCUUGGAUGAACUCGAGGAAGCACUUAAACUGCCCCCGGAUAGUUUUAUGGCAAAGUAUGGGACAGAGCAACCUAUGAAGCACGAUGCUGAUAUUGUCUUCUCAUGUAGAAGUGGGAAAAGAAGUCAGACUGCAUAUGAACUAGCUCAUAGCCUGGGCUUCACAAAAGCUCGUCACUAUAUUGGUGGCUGGAACGGCUGGGCAGAAAGAAAGGGGCUCCCUCUUCAGGAAAAUCCAGAUAAGCCAGCGACAGGUGCCUAGAGACAAGUGCAAUAUAACCAGAAAACCAUGCAACAAAUUUAUUUUCAAUAGUAGCAUAUCCACAAGAUGCAAACUUUUUUUAUGAAAGGAGGAGCGGUCAGCGAAUGAUGUAAAGAAUUCCACAUGCAAUCUAUUAAGGUGUAUUCAAAUGAUUAAAGAUUAUAAUAAUUAUAAUUAUAUGAGCAAGUGAAUUGUUGAAAUUUUUCCAUGUAAGAAGGAAAAUAUGACUGGUUUAAUUCAAAACUCCGACAAUAACUGGGCUAUUCCACAAUCCAAGUUUUGGUGUUUCUUGACUCAUGUAUAAUCAGGGUUAAGGAGUUAUUUUUGUAAAAAAGAGGAUUGCAUAUAUUUUAUUUUAAACAGUGAAUUUGACUGCAAAAAAAAAGGUUAUAAUGUAUUUUUGAAUUAUGAGGGGAAGGGAAAGUUAAUUUGCCCUGUUGUUUACAUUUGCAUCAGAUCAUUUCUGUAACUUUGAUUAAAGGGAAUGAUAUCCGUACUUGUAGAAUUUGCCUAAAAACAGUAACUAUGAUCUGAAAUGUUGUUCAUUAUACUUGUGUAUCAAAUUGGAAAUAUAAAUCGUACGUAAAGGGUGUUUGGAUUUGUGCAAGGUUUGUUGGUGCGCCUAGCGGUUGAGCAUAAAUGUUUACUUAUUUUUAAAUUUUUUAUUUACAGUGACAUUUCUUUUUGUUUGUUUGUGGACGUUUUUAUCCUUUAAGGCGUCUAGUAGUCGGGCAGUCUACACUGCUGAUAUCAGUAACGCUACCUGUAACAGAGGCUUCCAUAACACAAUAGAUAACACACGGGAGUUCGUGUAAAUAGGAGGAAAAUCGAUACUACCUCAUCAACUGAGGGACAGUCAAUCGACUAAAAACUCUCGCAACUUUUGAUGUGCCUAGACUUUAUCUUUCUCUAUAACCCCAAAGCCCUUUGCGUCUUUUUGAAAAAUAUGCAAUUUUUUAAAAAUACGCAAUAGGCAAUUAUUUCAAUUUUCUUCUAUUUGGCUGUCAGGUACCUUUAGGAACGAGAAAUAUCUUUCCCGCCCUAGUAAUUCAAAUCUCUAUUUUAAAAACGAUGCAAUAAACAGAUUAAUUGUACAAUUUUGAAGAGUAUUUUACUAUUUCUAAUUAAAUAAAUGGGAAUGCUAUCCGUAUCGGACUGUAAUCUUAAUGCUGCACCUAAUAUUCGUUAUUUAGUGUAAUUGUAUUAUCGAUCACCUUCGCAGGACUGUCAUCAGACAUCAUACACAUUUAUCCCUGGGAAUAAAAAAUCCUAAAGUUGA